GCGGCCCGUCCCCGGCUGCGGGAAGAUGUUGCAGUCGUUGGCGGGCAGUUCCUGCGUGCGGUUGGUGGAGCAGCACCGCUCCGCUUGGUGCUUCGCUCUGCUGGUGCUGGGUUACCUGCUCUACCUGGUGUUCGGCGCCGUGGUCUUCUCCUCGGUGGAGCUGCCCUACGAAGACCUGCUGCGCCAGGAGCUGGGCAAGCUGAAGCAACGCUUCCUGGAGGAGCACGCCUGCCUCUCGGAGCAGCAGCUGGAGCAGUUUUUGAUGCGGGUGCUGGAGGCCAGCAACUACGGCGUCUCGGUGCUCAGCAACGCUUCGGGCAACUGGAAUUGGGACUUCACCUCCUCCCUCUUCUUCGCCAGCACCGUCCUCUCCACCACGGGCUAUGGACACACAGUGCCUUUAUCUGAUGGAGGAAAGGCCUUCUGCAUCAUCUACUCAGUCAUCGGGAUCCCGUUCACACUGCUUUUCCUGACAGCAGUGGUACAGCGCAUCAUUGUAUAUGUCACCAGGCGGCCUGUACUGUAUUUCCACAUUCGCUGGGGCUUCUCCAAGCAGGUUGUUGCAAUCAUCCACGCUAUAGUCCUUGGGUUCAUCACUGUCUCGUGCUUCUUCUUAAUCCCAGCAGCAAUAUUUUCUGUUCUGGAAGAUGACUGGAAUUUUUUGGAAUCUUUUUACUUCUGUUUCAUUUCUCUGAGCACCAUUGGCCUUGGAGACUAUGUGCCAGGAGAAGGCUACAAUCAAAAAUUCCGAGAGCUGUAUAAAAUCGGAAUUACAUGUUAUCUGUUGCUGGGCCUUAUUGCAAUGUUGGUAGUUCUCGAGACUUUCUGUGAACUCCAUGAGCUCAAAAAGUUUAGGAAGUUGUUUUAUGUGAAGAAGGACAAGGAAGAGGACCAAGUGCAUAUAAUGGAACACGACCAGCUCUCCUUCUCUUCCAUCUCAGACCAAGCAGCCUCCAUGAAGGACGAUCAGAAGGCCAAUGAGCCUUUUGUGACUUCCCAGUCCCCAACUUCCAAUGACAGCUCUCUAAACAAUUAAUACAGGGGUACCCAUGCCAUUGUUUUGGUGCAUUUAUGCUACUUACCAUAAGAAAUAGAACGCCUCAUAUUCUUUUUCUGAAAAUAAAAAAGCUGGAAGACUGUGCUGCUUUAACAAGGAUUCAUCACUUCUGACACAGAAAAGACUUCUGGGGAAAAAUGGGGGAAAAAUGUUUUUCCCUGUUCCUUGGGAAUAGGGAAAAAAUGUACGAUGUGGCUGGGAACAUUAGGCCAUUUUGCUUGAGGGAUAAGGAGUUAGGUGUACUGCUUUCAGAGGUGCCAGAGAGAAAGGCUUGCACAAGCAACUUCAUCCAACAUCUUUAGGAGAGUAGGCCUUCACUGACAUCCAACUCAUCUAGUGGCACACCCCAUCUUACAACUGGGUGACAUAGCAAAUUCUGGGAUGUGCACUUUUGUCAGCAGUGUAGUCACAGAUUUAAUCUAAACACACCAAAUAUCUUAAUCUGGAAAACAUUUCCAGAGCAAUAUCUAUAGAUCUGCUGGAGAGGGGAGUAUCUAGAUUGUCCCUCUAUUACCCAGUAACUUGCAGGUGCAAAUAAUAAUUCUAGGAAUGA